UAUAAAUAUAUUUUCUGAGAUCACAGCACUUCUAUGAGCAUUAUUAAAUAAUUUAAUUUAUGGUGUCUUAUUACUAUUAAAGUAAUCAUGUCUUCAAUAUCUAGUUCUAAAGAAGUGAAGUCAUUUGAAAAUAGCAAUAAAGAAUUUUUACUCUUAGAAAAAACUUGUGAGGCGUUUAAAGACAGCGAUGAGGAAAUAAAAAUGAUAUUUAAUGAGAUUAAAAAGCUGUCUCACAAUAAAGAAACAGAGAUGGGAGAUGACGAAGAUGUAGAAAUGAUAUUAAAAAGGGCUGAAGACAUAGCUAAUGAAACAGAAAAUUUACUUAAGAGUAGCCCAGUUGCUGCAAACAAUGUUAUUUCAUAUCCUGGCGAUUGCUGUAUUCCUGAUAUCAAAGUAACUGAACCUAGUGUUGAACCACAUAAAGAAAACGACAAGAGCUCAAAUGGAAAGGUCAAUCAUAUCCCAAAACAACAUGGGACAGAGCACAAGGAAACCCGCCGCAAGUCGAAGGCGAGACCUUUCUCCGCUGGCGUUAUCGAUUCGAAGAAAAAAGAGGCCGCGAAAGUGGCUCGAUUUACAUCUGGCACGCCGAAAAAACUUAACAAUUGUAAACACGAACAAUUGGUGGAAGAACUCAAGGAUACCAAUGAACGAGUGAAAAGUCUUGAAUUAUUGAAUGUGCAACUCGUUGACGAUAACAAGGCGUUAAAGAAAAAGAUCAACCAGUUGGAGGAAGACAAGCAGAACGCAGAGAUAAAGCUGGUAGAGUGUGAGAAAUUUGUGAAUAGAAUUGCAAAAGAAUACCACAAUAAGGAAUCAGAAUUGAAGACGAGUAAACAAAAUGAACAAGGCGCUCUUGCAGAACUGAAUAAAGAAAGAAACGAACGAAAGAACUUAACGAUUCAACGCGAAAAAGAUGCAACUGUUAUAAAAGAUUUGCAGCGGCAAGUGAAGGAAAUGGAGAUGAUUUUAAGGCGGAAACAUCCAGACUCAGUGUCUGCUCUAAUAGUUGCGUCAAAAUCGUCCACUGUGGAAGACAAUAAAAAGAAGCUUCUAGAAGAACGCAUAGUGAGACUCGAGCAGGAGUUAAAAGACAAAGAAAGUCAUUUCCACAGUGUCCUCAUGACUCUUCAAGAGAAAUUUACCGAUAUGAAACAGAAGUAUGAAACUCACAUUGUUGACGUCGAAAGAAAAUUAAUGGAGGAUCGGAAAGUGAACCAGGAUCUGAAGAAUAAGAUUAAUAAAAUAAAUUUACACGAAGUAGCCGUCCAAACAGUGCCUAAAAACCAAAAUACAGUUUCUACACAAACGUUCCUAAAGCCAGAUAGAGCGUCGUCUGCUGUAAGCAGGCUGACACAAAAUUCCGCCUUAAUUUUUAACAGACUGAAGGAAGACAGUUAUCUCAUAGCCACUAUUAAAGGUUUACAGACUGAACUAACAGCCAAACAACGAACUAUAGCCAAAAUUAACAGGGAGACAGAAGAGUUGAAGAAAAACUUGAGAAGUCUACAGAAGGAGAAAGAAUUUCUUUUGAACUUUAAUCCACAAAAGAGAGCGGGAUGUAAACCAGCAAAAUCAACGGAAAAUGUUAUGUUACGGGCGAAUAACGCAAUGGAGGCAGAACUGUCGGAAGUUCGUAAGCAAAAGGAAGACCUCAUGGAAGAGAGGGUCAGUUUGUUGUCGUCUUUGAAGAGGACCAACGAAGAUCUCAUUAUGUUGAAGAAGAAGCGAAUUCAAGAUCUGCACACACUACAACUAGCGCACGAAAAGGAGCUAAUGCAAAUGAACAUGCAGCUUUAUCCGUUACAAGAAGAAAUUAAACUAUUGAAUCGUACCGUAGAAAUAUUGCAGGAGCGAGUUCGGUCGGCUGAUGACAAAUUGUUGAGGUACCAAGCCGGGAUUAAAGAUGAAGUUCACGCUGGCGGGGAUAAUAUGGGACCAAAGAGGAAAUAAAAAUUUGUUCGGUGAAAAAGGGUUGACAAAAUAAUAAAAAAAAAAAUUGUUCAAAAAUUGCAAUUCGUUGUCUUUGGUCGAUGGGGAAUACCGGAUAGUGAAUUGCUGAACAGUAUACCUACUCAAACUCUGGUAAAUAUGUACUACUUAAAUUAUGAAAGCGGUUUUCGAUAGUUGUAUUAUGUUUAUUUGAAAUAA